UCUGAGACCGGAAGACGACGUGAAGCCCCUGAGCGAACAGCUAGUAGUUGCUCUCUAACCGGAAAAAGCCGUUGUAAAGUCAGUCUGAAGCUAAAAUGAAUGUCCGGGCUUUCCCGUUACUCUCUGGGUCCUAAAGCCCGCCCAGAAAAAAAAAACCCGGUGCCUUGCAGAUUGUUCAUAUCCGAUAGCUUGGCGAUCUCAUGAUUCCUGCUUUCAAAUACAGGCGCGGCAAACAGGUUUUAAUGUGACUUCAAGAAGUUGGAAAACAAGUGAUGUUUGAAAUCUGGUGCAAACAAUAUUACCUAUGAAAAUAGCAUUGUAUGUUCAGAGAACAUAAAGCAGAAAAUUAAUUGUAAUGGAUUCUCAAGUGAAUUACUCAGUCUCUGAAAUGAAACGGAACUUUGGAAAGACAUUUCUCCACAAGCACAGUGAAGCUGAUAUGGAAACAAAGGAAGAUCUAAGAAGGAAACUCCAUCAAGCCAAGAAAGAUAAACUUGACAUAACUGCUAAGCAUAAUGCAGAGCUAUCAAAUUAUGAAAGCCAGAUUGCAAAACUGCGAGCAGAAGUUGAGAAGAGUGAAGCUGUCCGACAAAGUCUGGAGUAUGAAUUAGCUGUAGCAAGGAAAGAAGUUGGUAUAGAACGGUAUUCAUCAGAAGAAAAAUUAGGUGGAGCAAACAAACAAAUAGAACAGCUGCAAGAAACCAUCAGAGGUCUUCAGCAGAAAUUGAAUGAGGCAGAGAAAACAUUUCACAUCAAUAAAUGUCAGUGGGAUGAAAAACAGCGAAGAUUUAUCAAUGAGUUAUCAGAAAAGGAGUUGCUUAUUAGUACCUGUCAUGCUGAAUACGAAACCCUUUUGAAGGAAAGGAUGAGAUUGGAUGAUACUUUGAAGGAGACUUUGGAAUGCCAGAAGGAGCAGAAGAACGUGAUAGAGUCAGAGAUCAUAAAAGUGGCAGAAGAAGAAUUUAGGUGUCAGGCAGAACACUGGAAAUCAGAAAGAAAUGAACUCCAAUUUUUGUUGCAGGAAAGCACCAGCACAGUACAGAAUGUCCACAAAAAAAUACAAGAGCUAGAAAGAGAACAUAAUGGCUGUUCAGAAGCCUUGAGGCGACAGGCCAGCGAACUUCAGUUUGGUGCUGAGCGAGAGACUCGGCUUAGAAAAGAACUUGAGCUAGCUAUGGCCAGAGUAAAAAAACUGGAGGAAAACAUCGAGGCAGAGAGGGCGUCACAUCUGGAAUCUAAAUUUAAUUCUGAAAUAAUUCAGUUACGGAUCCGAGACCUUGAAGGAGCUUUGCAAGUGGAGAAGGCCAGCCAAGCAGAAGCAAUCUCUGACUUGGAAAUGUUCAAAGGCAAAUUUAGAGAGGUGGAAAAUGCCUAUGAAAGAGAGAAGCGUAAUGCUCACGACAGCUUGGAAAAAUUCAGCACAUUACAAAGGGAGCAUCUAGCGGCAAACAAACAGCUAAACGAAGAGGUAGAAGAAAAGAAGAAAGUAAUUAAAGACCUCUCUGAGACACUCCAGGAUAAUGAAAAAAGUUACAAAGAAUUACAGGCUGAACUUCUUCUGACCAGGAAACGCCAGGCCUUCCUAGCAGAGACAUGUGAAAACAAUGUGAGAGAGCUGGAGUCACUUCUGGACAGCUUUACUAUGUCAAGCCAGUGGACAGCAGGCAUUCACAAGGACAAAGAUAAACCUCCGAGCUUCACUCUUGUCCUUGAGACUUUGAGGUGUACCUUGACAGAUUACCAGAACAAGCAGGAAGAGGCAUCUAAUGAGCUAGAGAAACUGACAGUUCUUUCUGAGAAGAUGGCAAAAGAACUUGAGGCUACCCAACACCAGCUAAGAUCUCAAACUCAAGAACUUCAGGUAAAACAUGACAGUCUCACUGAUACCAAGAAGGAGUUAAAUAAUCUGCAAACUAAGUGUGCAGACAGAGAAUCCUUAAUAGCUACAUUAAAAAUGGAACUACAAAACGUAUUGCAUUGCUUGGAGAAAGAGAAAGCGUGUUGUACAGAAUAUAAAAAUGAAAUUCAGAAUCUCACACAGGCUUAUGAGAAGGAUACAGAGGAGAAGCUAACUUUCCUCCAUACUUUGUACCAGCACUUAGUAGCAGGCUGCGUUCUUAUAAAGAAAUCAGAAGGCAUCCUGGAUAAAUUCUCUUGGUCGGAGCUUUGCACAGUCUUGCAAGAAAAUGUUGAUACGCUGAUCUUAGACCUCAACAAGGCUAAUGAGAAGGUAUCACACCUUGAAUAUGUUUGUAAAAAUAAGUCAGAUACAAUGAAGGAGAUUCAACAGACCCAAGAAGAGACUUUGAAGAAAUUUGCAGAACAGAUGAAAGCUCAAGAAAGCUGUUGGUUAAAGCAGAAAAAAGACUUGGAACAGCAAUAUUCUGGACUCCUUGGGGAAGUUCACACCAGGGCCCAGAAAUACCAAGACAUGGCAGAAAAAGCCAAAGAGAAGUUCUCUGCUACUGAAAAAGUCCAAGAGCAAUUACUCCUUGAGAAUUCACACCUUAAAGCUUUGUUGACGCAGACUCAGAAAGAACAUAGAUGUCUGCUAGCAGCUUGUGCACUGUUGUCUGGGGCACUGUAUCCCCUCUACUGUCGAUCCUGUGCCCUCUCGACCCAGAGGGAUGUUCUUCAGGAUCAGGUCAACACCUGUGACAUGUUCAAGCAUGAAAUCAGGAGACUGGCCAGUGCAUUGUGUGAAACUGAGGAGAGGAAGCAAAGCAACAGCAAGGUGAAGAAGAAAAGGCAUUCCAGAAGCUGGAUACACCUUUUCCGAAAAAGUGUUAUUGCGGUGCUGGCUGUCCACAGGCUUCAGAUUUUAUGCAGCCAGUCAUGCAGUUCCCUUUUUUCCUGGGUAGAUGGUGUCAGAGAAGGCAUAGGAAUCCCUGUCUGCAUUGGAGAUUCCAAGGAUGUGCAUAAUCUGUCAAGACAACAAAAGGAGCAGAUUCGCUGCCUUCAAGCAUUCAGUUGGUUUACCAGUUGUGACCUUCUUACUGCAGUCCUUAGUUCUAUGGCUGAGCUACAAGAAGUAAUUAGCAAGGCAGAUACAAACCAACUGUAUUUACAGACUGGUUCUUUUUCUUUCAAAGAUAUGAAAUCCUGGCUUUCGGGACACUUGCUCACCAAUGCAGCCAAAAAUUCAUUUUCAAAACUUAUGGAGAAACUUUGCGUCGUGAUGGAAGUUGCUCCAGUGGACAGCAGCCGGAGUAUGACUUAUGUAGAGAAAGACUCCUUGGUUCAGAGACUGGCUCGUGGGCUCCAUAAAAUAAACGCACAGACCCUCGAAGCUGGCAUAACUGACAGGACCCCUGCUAUGAAAACCAUAGCGUCCUUGCAGAAACAGAUAUUUGAAUUUACACAAAGGCUGCACACAGCAGAAGUAGAACGACGGUCAUUGCGCUUGGAGCUCACGGAAUUCAAACGGAAUUUGAAUGAGAUGAAGAAAGAGGCUGACAAAGCUCAUAGUUUGCAAGAGCAAUUAUAUGUGUUUAAGCAAUCUAAAUUGAUCACCCACGAGAGGUUUGAAAGUGCAUGUGAAGAACUAAAUAAUGCAUUACUCCGGGAGCAGCAGGCCCAAAUGCUUUUGAAGGAACAGGCGCAGCAGCUCCAGGACUUGCAAUUUAAACUGGAAUUGCAUUCUUCAGAAGAGGCAGACAAAAACCAAACUCUCAGCGAUGCCGUAAAGAGUCUCUCCGAGGCAAAGAUGGAGCUGAGAAGAAAAGAUCAAUCUUUGCGUCAGCUCAAUAGACAUCUUACCCAGCUGGAGCAGGACAAGCGUCGGCUGGAAGAGAGCAUCCAUGAUGCAGAGAGUGCCCUCCGCAUGGCAGCCAAAGACAAAGAAUUAAUUGUUAGUCAUAUGAAAUCAGUGGAAUCUAUCUUUCAAAAUGUCAGAGAUCAGAUCUCGCUGUCAUGGGCUACAGCAAGCAGGAAUGACUUCGCCCUGCAGCUGCCUAAGCUGCACCUGGAGACCUUUGCAAUGGAAGGGCUGAAAGGCGGGCCAGAGGUUAUAGCAUUCCAGGCGAUGAUUAUAAGUUUCAUAGAUGUCUAUCAGUUUGCAUGCUCCAGAGUCUCCGCAUUAGAACGAGAAAUAACAUCCCAUCGGCAUCACAUUGCAACUCUGAAAUCAGAACUCCAAACAGCUUGUCUUCGUGAAAAUGAAAGCUUACACUCAUCAAAAUUGAAAUCCUACUGUACAUCGUAAUUUGAGCUUCCAGAUGUAAAACAGUUGAAUGGACCUCUGUAAAGGCAUCUCUCAGGAUCGUGUUGAAGCUGCUGAGGUUGGGCUUCUGACAACUUCAGUCUCUGCUCGGUUUCCCACACCCUGUUCUGACCCAGCCUUCACGAGCCGCACUCAACAACCUACCCGUGAGGAGAAACCCCUUUUUAUUUAGAAAGGCAGAAAUACACUGACAAAGCUCCAGGUCAUACAUCCAUAGGUAAUUCACAAGCCAUAACAGAGUUCCCCACAGGGAGCCUCAAUUAGCACUUCAAUCCCAACACAAAGAGUCCUGAUCAACCUGGUUAGUGGCAAGGAAAUCCUGGCAAGGAAUCUGCCAGAGGGAACUCUUCUGGAGCAUGAAUGGAUGUCUCCAACAACCAUGCCUCCCAUACCCCUCCUCCUUAUAUCCCAGCCAGGGAGGGGCUUGUUAACAUUUCCUUCUUUUCCUGGAUAGCUGGCCCUUAGUCCUGCAUUGCUGUCCUCUCCGCACUUCUCUGCGCAUGCGUGUAUCUGGGACAGGGCUCAGCUGUUCUUCCCCCUUGCUCAGCUCAGGCCCCGAAAACAGCUGUCUCUCUGCCUGAGUGUGAGUAGAUGGGCCCUGCUCUGCAUCUGACUCUGAGACCUCCUGCUCCUCAGAGCCUUCUGCCAGCUCCGACGGUAACCCAGGCAUCCCCUCCGUCUCCUCUGACUCCUCUGACUCGACUGCCAUCUCUGCUGGCAGUCAACGAACCACCACACACAAUACAGAAGCUGCUGUUGCUGACUUUGCUGCCACUGAUGCAUUUGGCUUCCCUGGUCCUUGCUUCCAGAGCUAAGCAACUUGGCCUCGGUCCUCAAUUACCACAGUAACUUACUAUGGGACUCAGGCAGACAGGCAGAAGAGCGGGUAUGUGUGUAUGCACAAAAUCUGAUCUGCAAACUUCAGUACAACCUGGAAAUUAUAGAUAGGUCCUAUUGAUUUAGGCACAUAGUCAUUACGGGCACAUAGUCAUUACAGUAUUGUACCUGAAAGCAAACUUGGAUAGCCUCUCAGACCUAAAUAAGGAGCUUGAGAGAGAUCUCUGGAGCUCCUCCAAGCACUCUGGAGUGGGGCCAUAGUAUUUCUACUACUGCUAAAGUAUUUAUACCUGGGGAAGAGCAGUGGGGUUCAUCAAGCAUCUCUUUGCACAGGGAGAAAAGCUCCAGAUGUUAGUAGGGUUCAAGUUAAUGGAUCUAAACUUUAAAUUCUGAACGAUUAAACUACUUUCUUCUACUCUCUUACAGCUCACACAAGUUCCGUCUCUAUUUGCUUUUUGAAUUAAAAUGUGCAGUACUCUC